AUGGCGCCAGCAAGCGAUGAUACUUUGACUAAAGUGUCAACCGAAGCUGCCACUGAAUUUGUCCAUACCUUCUACCAGGCUUUGAGGGCAAACCGUGAAUCCGUAGGCUCCUACUACGAUGCCAACCCGCAAACCAUCAUCUUCAACGGAAACCAAGUAACCGACGGCGCGGCAGUACAAGACAUCUUCGUCAACCAAAUGCCCCCUGCGAACUUCGAAAUCCAAUCCUAUGAUUGUCAAAUUAUCAACAAAGCAUACCCCACUACUUUGCCAGGCGGCGGGUUGAAGCCCCAGUCGGAGAUGGGAGUCAAGGACAUGUCGAUCCUCAUCCUUGUCAGUGGAGCUGUGCGCUACGGCGAGAAUCGCGAGCAGCCUCAGCGCGGGUUCAGCGAGACCUUCGUACUGACCCCCAACCCAUCCGCCGAGCGCUCCAGAGGCCGCAAGGACUUCUUGAUCCAAAGCCAGAACUUCCGCCUGGUCGUUUGA